AUGCCGCCUCGCUCAGGGACACCCGCAAAGGGGAAACCCACCGGUCGAAGAACCCCCACGCGAUCUCAAAGUCGCAUUCCAAGUACCUCGCCUUCUACUGUCUCUCUUCCCCCGCCCCUUCCGCCCCUUCCGCCCCCUCUGCCUCCGGUGUCUCAGAAAAACGAACAACUGUCUAAGACCAAUCCAUAUGCGCUCCUGGCCGAGGAAUGGAAGACCCGUGAUCGAGCAACCGAUCCAGUUUUCUCCUCAAAGAAGAUCCUUCGUCGCAUAGAACUCCAGAUCGAGAAUUCUAUCCAGGAUUACGAACAUUGUCCUGUUGAAUACUUUCCCACUGUCGCCGAGAAGUUUGGCCUUACAAGGUGGAUACCGGAGAAGCUUGCUCCCGUCAAAAGCCGUGGCCCGGUGUGUAUUGUUGACGGGAAGACCAACACUAUUUGUCAUAGACCAUGUCUCCCUGCUUUCAUGUACACCAGGAUGGAAAACAUUACUUGCAAAACCGCAGAACAGAAGCGCCACUAUCCCACUCUUCUCUGGCGCUGGGAGUUCGGGAAGACUGGUGUCUUGCAGCCUCUUACCUGCUGGUCUUGUUAUUCCCAAGUCGACUCACAUUGCGAACUCAAAUCCCUUGCUAUCAAACCGAUCGACCCAUCUUUCCUGUCCAAAUUGAACUCCUCGGCUGCCACUACCAAGGUAGCACCCGCUACCGAGUCAGCAUCUCGUUCCCACAAUCCACCGGUGGACCGUAUCAUCAUCCGAACUCGCACCUCUACCGAAGCUGGGCUAGAGUCGCCAACGCCCAAGCGACCGUCCCGUGGUAAUUCCACUUUACCCUUGGCCGACAUUUCCGACACAAAUGUUCUCGCCAAUGACCCUUCACCGCCACAUCAUGCCCCUGAAGCAUCUCUCCCAUUGUCACUCCCACUGUCAGAUGAAGUCUCUGCUGUCACACUUCCAGAAACCCAGGCUCCAUUCGCAGAUCCUCCAGCUGAACCCGCGCAGGAUCCGCCCAAACUUCGUCUUUGGCGCCAGUACCGACUGAAAGCUCGCUCCGCAGAACCUCAGACCCACCUGUCAACCUCGAAACCAUUCGAAGCACCUUUACUUCCCCCGUUACCACCCCCUCCGCCACCACCACCAUCUCAGCAGCAAGCGCCAGCACAACCACAAUCACAGCCACCACAUCCAUCGCAGUCACCCCUGCCUACCUCUUUUGCUUCGCAGAAUCCGCCUGUGCUUGUUCCACAAUCAUCCCCACAGACAGAUUCAAAUGAGUCUGCUGCCGCCGAGAUCGUCGUUCAACCAACUACCCGGUCAUCGACUCUGGCAGCGCUACGUGCUGAGGCUGAAGAGCCUUUCUCCGCUGCAGUGAAAACUGCUCGCCACCAACUCCAAGUAGCCACGGAGACUCAAGAACGAUCCAUCUCAUCGUUCAACAGAUUGUUCGAGUUCUGCGAAGAGAUUGCAGGGGAGGCUCAGCGUGAUCGAGCAGCCAUUGAAGUUGUUCGUGCAGAGAGGGACAAACUGCGUCAGAGUCACCGUACGUUGGACAUUCGACUUAUUCACUCUUCUCAAUUAGUCAGUAAGAAGACUGAAGAAGUGAAGAGCCUUUCCAGCAAGCUCGAUUUCCUUCAGACUCAGUAUGAACGCCUUCAACGGGAACAGGCAGCUAUUGAACAGCGGAUUGAGGAGGCGGUCAUGGAACGCGAGAAGGCGUUGAUGGAACGUGAUACUGCUCGUCUUCGAGCUGAUGAGCUGGUUGAAGUGACGAAUCAAGCCUUGAGGGAGAAAGUAGAUGCUCAGACAGGUCAGCAGCAAGCAGAAGCUGCAAUGGAUGAUGCCGAGGGAGAAGUAAUGCAGCUUAGCAAGCAGCUGGAGGAAUCACAGGUAACUGUUGCGUCUUUGCACGCUCAGUUGCUCAGUGCGAAUACCAAACUCGAGGGAUUUAAGAUCGCGCCGACCCAAGCUUCUCCCACGGCUUUGAUUCGAGAACAUUCUACCCAUUCACCUGCAGAUACUCCGUCAACCAGUCUUCCACCCCACUCCUCUUCGAACAAGCAAUGCAUCUCGCCAUCAGUUCCCAUUGCGACCGUCACAACUGCUACCCCUCCAAUUACAGCCAUACCCCUGGUUCCCACGGCUGACGAAGCACAGUCCGACUUACCCCAAGUGGACAAUACGACCUCAAAUGUUGGAGAUGCAGGCAAGGAAGGAGAGCAGAUUUUGCCCAUCGGCACGGGAGAUUCAGUUCAGACGGGUGAGCAGGAAGCUGAGUCUAUGACCCAGACUAUACCUCCCUCCACACUGGAUGUGUAA